GCGAGAAAAGAAUGCCACUGGGCACGUGAAGCUGGCACCUCCUCCGGAAGCACGUUGAGCUGACUUCCGGUCCUUUCCCAAACUCCUCUCCCCUUUCAAAAUUCUGAAUUGGUUCCAUCUAAAAUAAUUCCUACCCAAACCCAUUUGUUUGAGGGGGUUGGCAAGGUGUAAACUGAGCAAUGCUGCUGACAGGAGACGAAGACCCGAGCGGCAUCCUGGAAGGACGCAGCUGGUGCCUGUUCUGAUCCGUUCUCCUUUUGAACACACACACAGUGAGGCUCUGCCGUCAUGGCAGAGUCCCAAGAGAUGGUGGAGCUGCAGCGGGAAGUGAUGGAGGAGCUGGGCAUCUCCCUGGAGGAGCUCAAGCAGCUGAUCGACGAGGAGCUGGAGAAGUCGGAGUCCAUCAAGCAGCGGAAGGCGGAGCUGAAGCGCCUGGAUGAGUGCGUGAAACAGAAGGAGGAGGAAGUGGCCUAUGUGGACCAGCUCCUUGACAAUGCUGUCAAGGCCGUGGAUAAAUGUGAGGUGCUGGUGAAGGAUGUCUACGCAAACCUGGGCCUGCAGUACCGCGAGACGGACUCAGAGGACGACGACGCCAGUUCCAGGCCCAUGGAAGUGAUCGAGAUCCCUGACGAAGAUGACGAUGACGACGUCAUGAGCGUGGAUUCAGCAGAUGCAAGUGGGAAGACGGCAAAGGACCAGUCCCUGCUCCGCGAAGCCAUGGCUGCCAUGAGGAAGUCGGCCCAAGACGUGCAGAAGUUCAUGGACGCCGUGAACAGGAAGUCAAGCAGUCAGGACUCGCAGCGAGGAUCCCAGCAAAUGAGCCCCGGGUGCGAACUCACCCACGAUGGCGACCUUUCAGUCGGCGAUCGUGUCCUGGGCAAGAAGCGGACCAAGACGUGGCACAAGGGGACGCUAAUCGCCAUUCAGACGGCCGGUGCGGGGAAGAAAUACAAAGUGAAGUUUGACAAUAAAGGGAAAAGCUUGCUGUCCGGGAACCACAUUGCUUACGACGACCAUCCGGCAGCCGACAAGCUGCAUGUCGGGAGCCGGGUCGUGGCCAAGUACAAGGACGGGAACCAGGUGUGGCUGUACGCCGGCAUCGUGGCCGAGACGCCCAACAUCAAGAACAAAAUGAGGUUCCUCAUCUUCUUUGACGACGGCUACGCCUCCUAUGUGGUCCAGCCCGAACUCUAUCUGAUCUGCCGGCCGCUCGAGAAAACCUGGGAGGACAUCGAGGACAUCUCGUGCCGGGACUUCAUCGAGGAGUACGUCACGGCCUACCCCAACCGCCCGAUGGUGCUCCUGAAGAGCGGCCAGCUGAUCAAGACGGAGUGGGAGGGCACCUGGUGGAAGUCCCGCGUGGAGGAAGUGGACGGGAGCUUGGUGAAAAUCCUUUUCCUGGUAGGAACGGCUCAGGAUGACAAACGCUGCGAGUGGAUCUACCGGGGUUCCACCCGCCUGGAACCCAUGUUCAGCAUGAAGACUUCGACAGCCUCCACCCAGGAAAAGAAGCAAGGAGGGCAGAUGAGGACCCGUCCUAACGUCGGGGCCGUGCGGAGCAAAGGGCCAGUGGUCCAGUACACCCACGACUUAACGGGGACCGGCCCGCAGUUCAAGCCCAUGGAGCAGCCCCCGGUGCCCAUCGUGAUGUCCCAGCCCAUGUCUCCCCCAGAGUUUGUCGAAGUGGAUAGUCCUGAGAGCCAGCUUGCUCAGGCCCGGAAGCAACAAGUGGCCAAGAAGAGCACGUCGUUCCUGCGCCCUGGUUCGGUGGAAUCGGGACCACCCUCCCCGACUUCCCCUGUCUUGAAUGAAGUCCCUCUUGUUGGGCGAACGGCAGUGACCCCACAGUUCCGGUUCUCGGGCCCUCAGCCCGCCAGCGGCCCCGCCCAGCAGUUCCACGGGAUGCUGGACCGCGUCCCCAACGAGUCCGCCUACCGGGCCCCGGUGGAGAAGCUCUUCUACCUGCCUCACGUCUGCAACUUCAGCUGCCUGUUGCGGGUGCGCCCCAAGUCCGCCGACCAGUACCGCCGGAAGAACCCCCUCCUCAUCCCCCUCCUCUACGACUUCCGGCGCAUGACGGCCCGCCGGCGCAUCAACCGCAAGACGGGCUUCCACGUCAUCUACAAGACCCCCUGCGGGCUCUGCCUGCGCAGCAUGGGGGAGAUCGAGCGCUACCUCUUUGAGACCAAGUGCGACUUCCUUUUCCUGGAGAUGUUCUGCCUCGACCCGUAUGUCCUGGUGGACCGCAAGUUCCAGCCGUACAAGCCCUUCUACUACAUCCCCGACAUCACCAAGGGCCGGGAGGACAUGCCCUUGUCCUGCGUCAACGAGAUCGACAGCACCCCGCCCCCCCAGGUGGCCUACAGCAAGGAGCGCAUCCCGGGCAAGGGGGUCUAUAUCAACACCAGCUGGGAGUUCCUGGUGGGCUGCGACUGUGAAGACGGCUGCAGGGACAAAUCUAAAUGUGCCUGCCACAAGCUGACCACCCAGGCGACGGCCUGCACUCCCGGGGGCCAGAUCAACCCAAAUUCCGGUUACCAACACAAGAGGUUGGAGGAGUGCCUUCCCACAGGGGUUUACGAGUGUAACAAACGGUGCAAAUGUAACAGGAACAUGUGUACCAACCGCCUGGUGCAGCAUGGCCUGCAGGUCCGGCUGCAGCUCUUCAAGACCCAGAACAAGGGCUGGGGAAUCCGCUGCCUAGACGACAUUGCCAAAGGCUCCUUUGUCUGUAUCUAUGCAGGGAAAAUCCUGACGGACGACUUUGCCGACAAAGAGGGCCUGGAGAUGGGCGACGAGUACUUUGCCAACCUGGACCACAUCGAGAGCGUGGAGAACUCCAAGGAGGGCUACGAAAGCGAGGCCAAGGGCUCCUCCGACAGCAGCGGCGUCAACCUGAAGGACGACGACGACGAGAACUCCGGCUCCGAGGAGCCCGAGGAGUCCAACGACGACAGCUCCGACGACAACUUCUGCAAGGACGAGGACUUCAGCACCAGCUCGGUCUGGCGCAGUUACGCCACCCGCCGCCAGACGCGGGGCCAGAAGGAGAACGGGCUCUCGGAGACGGCCUCCAAGGACUCGGGCCUGGCCCGGCAGGCCAGCCAGGAGGAGGCGCCCCCGUGCAAGCCCCCCCUCUCGGAGGAGACCUCCAAGAACAAGGUGGCCUCCUGGCUGAGUUCGAAUACCAUGGCCGACGGCUUUCAGGACAACGACAGCCGAUCCUCGUUCCGGAUGCAGGAAGCGGCCGAGGCCAAGCCGGUCAAGGCCGAAGCGCCGGAAGCUUCGACCGCCAGAUUUGCCUGCAAGAAGGAACUGGGUCUCGACGCAGACUUGAAGGUGAAGAAAAAAGAGGAACCUGAAGACCAUGGCAAACCUACCCCGACCGGCAGCGCGGGCAAAGUGUACGGCUACAACCCCAACCCAGCCAUCCCGGAAGGGAUCCGGAGGCCGUUGAGCAAGACGGCCAUGCUCCAGAGCCGGAGGCAGUUGGACGCGCCGCAGGGCUCCACGGACGAUGUGCUCAUGCUCUCGAGCAGCACGGACAGCGAGGGCGACAACGGCCAAGCGGCCUCUGGGCAGCCACAAGGCAACGCCAAUGAUAGCGACGACAUCCAGACCAUUUCCUCGGGCUCGGAGGAAGAGCCCACCGCAGAUGGGAAGAAGAAUCCCUCUUCUGGGCUAGGGCCCGUGAAGAGGCAGGUGGCCGUGAAGUCCACCCGGGGCUUCGCCUUGAAGUCCACUCACGGCAUUGCCAUCAAAUCGACCAACCUGGCUUCGGGGGAGAAUCCGUCUGUUCGGAGGAACACGCGGCAGUUCUACGACGGCGAGGAGUCUUGCUACAUCAUUGACGCCAAGCUGGAAGGCAACCUGGGCCGCUACCUAAAUCACAGUUGCAGUCCUAACCUGUUCGUGCAAAACGUGUUCGUGGACACGCAUGAUCUCCGCUUCCCCUGGGUGGCGUUCUUUGCUAGCAAGCGGAUCAGAGCUGGCACGGAGCUCACCUGGGACUACAACUACGAAGUGGGGAGCGUGGAGGGCAAGGAACUUCUCUGCUGCUGCGGGGCCAUCGAGUGCCGGGGACGCUUGUUAUAAAACCCAUGUGUGGAGUGUUGCGUCUUGUCUGUCAUUGUCCAAGCAUCCAACGGAGACCUUCGCCAAGAGGAGGACGUGCCGCAUCUCCCCGCUGCUUAGCGGUUGGCCCUCUUGGUUCUCGUCCGGAAGGCCUUGUGGCAUCUCCGUGGGUUGGCUGUUCAGUUUGGAGUGCUGUAUUGUAAAGGACUCUCUUCUCUCCCGCCCCACCAUUUCAAUGAUUGUAAAGCAAUGAAAUACUUUACAUCUUGAA